AUGGCUGCCCCACCAUCGUUCAGGGCCUAUCUUAGGUCUGAGAAGAGUCCCUUGGAAAGAAAGUUGAUUCACAAAGUUGACUGGUUCAUUCUUUCCUUCUGUUGUUUGAUGUACUUCUUCAAUUACCUUGACAGAUCCAACUUGACACAAGCAUACGUCUCUGGCAUGAAGGAGGAUCUUAACUUCAAAGGGAAUCAGUUGACCCAGAUCACCACUAUCUUUACCUGUGGAUAUAUUGUGGGCAUGGUUCCCUGUAACCUGGCACUGUACUAUAUCAAACCAAGAAUCUUCUUCCCCUCCAUGGUGGUGUUCUGGGCAGCUCUUACCAUGGUCACCGCCGCCUCCGAUUCGCCAGAGCAUCUCAUGGCCAUUCGAUUUUUUGUGGGUGUUGCCGAGUCCAGUACCUUUAUCGGCACCCAUUACAUACUGGGUUCAUGGUAUACGGAGAAGGAAUUGGGCAAAAGAAGCGGCAUCUUCACGGCAUCCGGUCUUGCAGGGACCAUGUUUGGAGGCUUUAUCCAAACUGGAAUCUACUCGAGCAUGAAUGGACUCUCUGGUCUGGCGGGGUGGCGCUGGUUGUUCAUCAUCGAUGGGAUCAUUACAUUGCCGGUCGCCGUCUACGGUUUCCUCCUUUUCCCAGACACGCCUUCGACAACCUCGGCGCCAUACUUGUCCGCCGAGGAACGUGCGCUUGCAGUGUCAAGAGUGCCCGAGGUCCCGGAGCAGAAACCACUCACCCUCGCCUUCGUUAAACGAGUCUUCAGAUCCUGGCAAUUUUAUGGAUUCGUGAUGCUUUGGGUUAUUGCGGGAGAAACCGAGAGCUUCAGCACAAACAGUCUUCUGGCGUUGUACAUGAAGUCCACUCCGGACAGAGAUUACAGUGUCUAUCAAUUGAACAACUAUCCCACAGGUGUGCCUGCCGUUGGAAUCGUUUCGACAUUAUUCUGGGCCACUCUCACCGACUAUCUUGGCGGCCAGAGAUACCUGGUUGGAUAUUGGAUAGCCAUAACCGGCAUUGUGACGUCUGGCAUUCUUCUUGCUCCGUCCACUACGGUCGCCGGUCACUUUGGGGCGUACUACUGGGCGGGCUCCGUUUAUGCUUGCCAGGCCACCUUCUUUGCGUGGGCCAAUGAUGCGCUCAGAUAUGAGGAGGACUCUCUGCGAGCGAUUGUGAUAGCAUGCAUGAAUCUUGGAAGCAAUGCCGUGAAUGCGUGGUGGUCAAUUUUGUUCUACUCUGCUGACAUGGCGCCCAAAUUCACGAGAGGUAUGUGGGCGAUGAUUGCCGUGAGCAUUGCGAUGGCGAUAUGGACAGGCGGACUGCAAAUUGUCGAGAGGAUAUCGGCACGCAAGAGAAUUGUGACCACUGAAGAAGCUCUCUCUGAGAACGUCGAGAAGCAGGUGGUUCGGGAUACACAAAAGGUCUAG